AUGUUUGCUGUGCCAGAGUAUGAUGGUAGAUAUGGCAAUCCCAAGUCCUUCACCAACUGGCCUGGACUGCCUGGCCUGAAGGAAUUGUUUAAAAUGUGGUUUUUGACUAAAAACAAUGGCAGUGUGCCUGGGGAAGAGGUGUUGAACAAGACUUUACCUGUUCAGAAGCCGGUUUUUGACUUGACUAGCAAGAUAUCAGCGACAUGGCUAGGACACGCGACAGUUUUUGUGCAUUUGGAAGAGAUUAACUUUAUCACUGAUCCGGUUUGGGCCGAUAGAGUGUCGCCUUUCUCGUUUGUUGGGCCAAAAAGAUAUCGAGAACCGCCUUGUAAGAUCGAGGAACUGCCUGAUGUAAGUUUUACUGACAUAUAAUUAGUCAUAAAAGUUAAAAAUAGUUCGAAUUUUAAAAAUUACGUUUUGCAAUGUAAAAUACGACCAUGGCCGUCAAAGCCUUUUGAGGUUGUUUUAAAUUUUUAUAUUAUUUUAUCAAUUUAAAGCAAGUAAAAAGUUUUAAAAUAAAAAAAUCUUAGCUCUGAACUUUGUGUUUUAGAUUCAAUUUGGAGUAAUAUCCCACAACCACUACGAUCAUUAUGAUCUAGAUGCUAUUCGCGACCUUUCAACAAGAUUUCCUAAAAUGAAAUGGUUUGUGCCUAAGGGUUUACGAGAGAACAUUUUAAAAUACACACAAGAGAAUGAGGUUUUUGAGCUUGUAUGGUAGGUUUUUACUUUACUUUGUUAUACUUUACUAUGUUUAUGACUUAUUUUAUACUUUUCUCCAAAAAUUACCUUGUUUUUAUACGUGGGCGCUUAAACCUUUUAUUAUCUUUUACGUAUUGUAUUAUCAGGUUGUUCAAAUAAUUUUGAGCCACUCUCUAGGCACAUUUUUAGAGUUAGGUAGCGCAGAAUUAUUUAAACAGCCUAAUAACUUAGACUGCACUUACAAUUUGUGACAUCGUAUUAUACCUUGACAUAACAUAAGCUUAGAUAUAAAUAAUAGGAUAAGCCAAUGUUAUGAUCGAUUAAAAAUUACGUAAACACAAUAUGUCUAGCUUUUGAACGUACUAAACCAAAGAUUACAAAGAUAUAGUAGUAGAUAAACAGUAGCUUUAGUACAGUAAUAAAGCUAUUUAGGGGAGAGCACAUUACAGUAACCCACAAUGACAAUUCGGUUAAAGUAUGGUCAGUACCAGCCCAACAUUGGAGUCUGAGAUGGCUAUUCGACAAGAACAAGUCGCUAUGGAGUGGCUGGGUGGUGGAAGGACCUUCCAAAAAGUUUUACUUUGCUGGUGACACUGGGUAUGUCACUACAGAAUUUGAAAAGAUUGGCAAAAACUUGGGACCAUUCGACUUGUCAGCUAUUCCAAUUGGUGCUUAUGCUCCUAGGUAAGAGUUUUGAAGGUUUUAUCUUGGUUUGAUUGAGUUGUUGUUAACAUAUUAAGCCUAUUUUAAUACUCAUAGUGUAUUUUGACUUCACAGUAUUAAAAAAUGCUCAUACUACUAUUUAUAGUACUGUAAAAUUUUGGCUCAUUUAUAUUUGGACACCUACUAUAACUUGCACAAGUAUUUAUGAUCCUUUUUAAUAAUAAACGCAUAGACUGUCUCUUUCAGGUUUUUCAUGACAGGCCAACACAUAGACCCACAAGAAGCAGUCCACGUCCACAAACUAGUCCAAUCCAAGAAGUCUAUGGCCAUUCAUUGGGGAACAUAUCCUAUGGGAUCGUAUGAGGUAAGUUCACCGUUCUUUUCACAACAUUUGACUUGUAAUUAGACCUGAAAGAGGGCCCGUCCCUUCACAGGUUCAUUUGUAAUUAGAUAUGGCAACGUCUAGGCCUAACAAAAUCAAUUUUUAACAGAAGACUUUUCAAAUUAUUUAAAAAAGUCAAAAUUGAGUUAAAUUAAUUAAUUUUACUUGAACUAUUUACUUUAUUACCUAAUUAACAACGUCUCUAACCUUGAAUUAAUUUUGUUACCUAAAAUCACUGAAAACGCAACAUUUUUCGAAAAGUUUUCAAAAAAAAGCUUUAAAAAAUUUAAACCAUAGUUUUAAAAAGUAAAAUGACAAAAAUUUACAGUAUAUUAACCCUAAAAAUAAAAAAACCCUUCCGUAUAAUGCACUUUUAGCCAUAUAUGGAGCCAAAGACGUGGUUACAAGAAGAAGUAUUAAAAGCCAACCUAACGCCAGCAGACUUUGACACUGUAAAUCAUGGUGAAACAAUUACUGAGCGACAAGAAAAAACGUAA